AUGGGGACCCCGGGCAAUUCCUGGAGAAGGAUCUUGUCGAGAGAAACGUCCGACGAUGGAAAUAUGAUGAUGAUGAUCAAAGAGGACAUCCAAGAAGACCUUGAAGCCAAGUACAUGGAUGCAGUUCAGUCGAUUGAUCUUUUGGAAACUGAGAAGACUUUACUGGUGUAUGAGGUGGAGCGCUUGAGGGACAUUCUAGAGAGCACAGAGGAGGAGCUGGCAGAGCUCCAGAGGAAACACCUACAAAUACGCACGGAACUGGAGACAGAGAAAGUUGCCAAGCAGUUAUUGCAACAAAAGAUUAGUUGCAUGCAGGAGCAGCUGGAGGAGAGACUGGAGAGCCAGGGCACUGAAAUUGUUGCCAGAGAGAAUGUAGAUAAAAAUAUUCAGCGUAACCUCCAAUAUCAUGGGUACUUGGAUGCAAAGAAAAUGGAGUUUAAAUCAGACAAAAUGAGGAAAUACUACGUGGAGAAACUUCAGGGCUCAGCAGUAACCCCACAAGAUAUAGAGUUCGAGCACUUAGUUGAUGCCUUUGAAACCAAAUCCAUCAGACAGCAAAGUAUGAAAAUUAUUGAAGACAUCUCCAAUGGAAAUGAUCAAGAGGGAAGUAUGAACAUAUUCACACAACAGAGUGAAGAUGAUACACAUGCGGAAGGAUCUAAUGAUCUAAUUGAAGAUAGUGAGAAAGUUAUGGAAGGCCGUAGAAGUGAAACUUUAGAACAGUUGGAAUUGGUGAGUAAAGAAAAGGACACAGAAUAUCAUGAAAGCAACGACUGCAAGGAGAAAGAACAGAACAAGUUAAUAUUAGAGGUAAGUGAAGUUACUUCAGGGGAAACUGUACAAAAAAGGGAAAUUAAUGAAGAGAAAAAUGAGGGAAACGAGGAUGGAACAAAAGAGGAAAUAUCCAGUGAAGGGUUUUUGAGUAAUGGGGUGGAAGGGGGUGAAAGAAAGCUAUUUGCAUAUGAAGCUCCGAGUCAAAGAGACGAGAAAGAGCUAGACAAUGAACAUCUUGUAAAGAAUGAAGAAAUGGACCAGGGGCUACAAUUAUCUGUCAAUGAAGUAAAUGAAAGAGAGGAUAGCAGAACAAGAGAGGAAGAGAGUGUUAAAGAAGAGGUAAAUGCAAGAGAAAGUCUAACACAAAAGGACAACAAAGAGAGGAGUGAAACAAAUGCAAAUUUAGACCUGAGAAAGCAGCAAACUGUAACUGACGGGAAGGUACACGUGGAUGGGGAAGAAACACAGAAUGGGGAUGGUGCUGAACAAAACACUGGUGGAAAGGAAAAGGGGGCAUUUGACAUGUUGGAGCAACUGUUUAAAAAAAUAGUGACACGGCAGAAGAGUUUAUCAGACAGUGAGAGGCAAAUGAGCAAGGAGGAUUAUAUUGAUAGUCACAAGGAUGAAAUAAAUGGGGAAAGAGGAGAUGAAAUAAAAGAACAGGAUGAAGAAUAUGUACUUGCAAAGGAAGCACAGCACAGGGGGAAAGAGAGCAAAGGAAUAGAAUCAAUAAGUGCUGAGAUUGAGGAGGAAAUGAAUGAGUUGUCUCAGAAGGGGCUAGUCGAUGGUGAACUUGAGCUGACGUUCCCAGAAAGAAAGGAGACAAUGACCGAACUCAUUGAAGAAGCUGCACGACUCAUGACAGAUCUAUCCAAUGAGGAAAUGCAAAAUUCAACAGAGAGUAUUACAUCUGAACCUGAAAUGGAUACAUAUGGUCAAGAAAGCAAAACAAAGAAUGAACAAAAUCCUGAGAACACAACAACUAAUGAUGAUGUGGAGUUGAGGGGAAAUUUAAAUACCAGUGAGAGCAUCAAGCAACAUCUUAAACACAGUGAUACCUGCCAGGUUUCAUAAGACUCUGGUUUAUCACCUCUGACAUAUUGAAGCCCAGCAUAGGGGAAAGGCUUCUUCAAGGUUACGUGAACUGUGCACAAGUUUGAAUAGUAUCUUUAAAUCGUCUUAAUGUCAAUUCUUUCACUUAUAAUAACCUUUUUUAUUUGAAAAGUAAAUCUCUCAAUAAAAGUAAAAAGGUCCAAA